GCAUUCUAAAGCCACAAAUUGCCCAUGUGGCUAUGGAUGCAAAAUUGUUUUCUCAUUUUAUAUUUGCUUUUACAUCCCAAAAGAAUUUGUAAAAUUAUCAGAUAAAAGGAGAAAACUACUUGCAGUUUGCUGUUCUGUGAGCAAAUGGCAGCCUCUAUGAUGACCACUCUCCCUCAAUUCAAUGGGCUAAAACCCCAGAUCUCAGUUGCUCCUGUGAAAUCCGUGGCAGCAGUUCAACCCAUGAGGAGAAAGGGAAAUGGAGCUUUGGGAGCUCGCAUGGAUUUCAUUGGUUCACCCACAAAUUUGAUAAUGGUGACAACAACAAGCCUGAUGCUAUUUGCUGGGAGAUUUGGGUUGGCACCAUCAGCAAACAGGAAGGCAACUGCAGGAUUGAAGCUUGAAGCAAGGGACUCAGGGUUGCAAACUGGAGACCCAGCUGGUUUCACUCUUGCUGAUACUUUGGCUUGUGGGACUGUUGGUCAUAUUAUGGGUGUUGGGAUUGUUCUUGGCCUCAAGAACCUUGGUGCUCUGUAAAAAUUAAAAUUAAAAAUAAUGAUCUUUUGAACAUCUCAAUUUUAAAUUUCUCUAGCCAA